AUGGCUCCUUACUAUGAGUUUCUGAGCGAACGCGCAGUCGAGGGCGCGCAGUCGCCGCAUCUCUACAAGCGCGAUCUCACCGUCAACCAUACACAAGCAGUCACACUCGGCGUAAUGGCCGCCUACGUCGUGGUAAUCGCGCUCCUCUGGAAUCUCCCUUAUGUCCGAUACUCCCUGUGGCCUUUCAAGAUGCUUGUAAUCGCCUUCCACGAAUUCGGCCACGCGAUCACAGCCUGCUGCACAGGCGGUCGCGUGAAAUCCAUCUCUCUGGACCCGCACGAGGGCGGCGUAACGCACAUGCAGGGCGGGAUCAGCGCAAUUACCCUCCCGGCAGGGUACCUAGGGUCCUCGAUCAUCGGGGCGCUGCUCAUCUUCGCCGGGUUCAACAUCAUCGCGAGCAAGGUCGCCAGCAUUGUCUUGGGAAUUUGCUUCCUGUUGACACUGUGGUGGGCGCGCAGGGAUUGGUUGACGAUCGUUACGGUUUUGCUCGCGGUGGGCUUGUUGGUUGCCUGUUGGUUCAUUGCGCACGGGCAGGCGUUGCGGUGGGUUGUUCUAUUCAUUGGGGUCAUGUCGGCGCUGUAUAGCGUUUGGGAUAUCUGCGACGACCUCAUCCUUCGGAAAGUCAACUCCUCCGACGCAAGUGUCUUUGCGCAACGAUACGGCGGUUCCUCCCGCUGCUGGGGAUUGCUCUGGUCGCUCAUUUCCCUAAUCUUCAUUGCCAUCGCGAUUGUCGCUGCGAUUGCGGCGUUCCCACAGUCAUUUAGUCAACAGGAAGACGAUUCACAAAAUUUCCUUCCGACAAGACUCAAGAUGUUUUAG